AUGGGGUUUCCGGUGGGUUACGCAGAGGUCUUCUUCCCCAACCCCUUCCUCCACACGCUGGCCCUCCUCGGCCUCCUCCGAAACCUCGUAUUCUUCCUCUUGCACCACCUCGGACUCUCCGACUUCCUCGAAACAGAGGUCACAUGGCCGGAUCCCCGGCCCUCCGACGCCGCAGCCAGGGCACCCUCCGUGUCGGCGCUCCUCAUCCGGGACAUCCUCCCCGUCGCCAAGUUUGGAGAGUCCGGAGAAGACUCGUGCACCUGCGCCGUCUGUCUGUUCGAGUUCUCCGAGGAGGAGGAGAUUCGGUGCAUGCGGAACUGCAAGCACAUUUUCCAUCGCGCCUGCGUGGACCGUUGGAUCGAUCACGAUCAGAAAACGUGCCCUCUCUGUAGGACCCCCUUUGUGCCUGAUGACAUGCUUGAUGAUUAUAAUCAACGCCUCUGGGCCGCUUCUGGAAUCAACGAGUUCUACGCCGAUUACUCUUCUUCCUUCUGA